AGCGUGAGUCAGUCUUACGCGAUCUUUCGUAGGGGGAGGACGUCGGCUCGUUUUAAACAAAAACAAACCAUUUUUGCGCUAAAUAUGAGAUAAACUGUAAUUAAAAAUCCUUCUUUGUUUGAUAUAUAAUUGAUCACAGUACACUAAGUGCAGAUAUUUUAUUCAAGUUUUACGUGUGCUUCUUUGCAAAGUUCAAUAACAUAAAGUGAACCCUUAGUCCCUUAGGCACAAUGCCGGCCCAACAGGAACCACAGACCAGAAUCGUUUUACGUGAGGUCACACCUGAGCUAUCGAAGCAUAUGCUCUCUGAUGUGACGACACUACCAGCAGUGCAACUGGGCGACUUCCUGCUGCAGAUCGAGCUGGACGACCCCAGCGAAUCGGUGCAGGAAAUCGCACGCCGGGAGCUGCGUGAGACGCCUGAAGUUGUCAAACAUGCCAUCGAAGACUUGAAGAAACUCCUAGAAGAUGACAAAGACCUACACGUACCUUUACAUAGUGAAGCGUGGCUUAUCAGAUUCUUGCGACCCUGCAAGUUUUACCCUGAAAGCGCAUAUGAUCUGAUAAAACGUUACUACUCGUUCAAAGUGAAACAUCAGUCACAUUACGAGGGUUUGACUCCGAGCAAGGAACAGAACAUCUUCAACCAAAACAUACUGACAGUGCUACCCACAAGAGAUCAGUUCGGAAGACGAGUGCUUGUGUUGGAAUUAGGCAAAAAAUGGAAGCACAACAAAUGUUCGUUGGAUGAGGUGUUCAAGGGGUGCGUACUGUUCUUGGAGGGCGCGAUGCUGGAACCGGAGACGCAAGUGUGUGGCGCGGUCGUCAUCUUCGACAUGGACGGACUCAGCAUGCAGCAGGUCUGGCAGUUCACGCCACCAUUUGCUAAGAGGAUCGUGGACUGGCUACAGGAAAGUAUACCGCUUCGAGUCAAAGGCCUGUACAUAAUCAACCAGCCCUUCAUCUUCAACAUGGUGUUCCAAGUGUUCAAGCCAUUCUUACAGGAGAAGUUACGCUCUCGUAUCAUAUUCAUGGGCAAAGACAGAGAACUGCUAUACAAACAUAUUAGUCCCAAAUGUCUUCCGGACAACUACGGCGGCACUCUAACUAUACCACCCGUAACUGGACCACAAUGGCUGGAACUUUUACUACUCUGCGACCGAGAAUUUAAAGCUAUCAAUUCUUACGGUUAUAAAAAGAAGUAACAACGGCAUUUUUUCCUAAUGUGAUAUCUCCUUAUUAAAAAAACUAUCUACUGCUUGUAGUAUUAGUACAAAGACAUUGUAAACAUUUUUUGUUAUAUUUCUAUUCAAGGAUAUCUGAACAAAUCAUAGAUCGUAUUUUUUAUCUUACAGUUAAUGAAUACUUAUAUGCAAUUCAAGAGUAAACUAAAAUGUUUUAUAAUCAAUUCGAAAACAAUUUUAAUUUGACAAUUCAAAAAUUAUAAAUUAUUUCUGCAAAGUUCAUUUUAUGUGUUAUAUUGCUAUUUUAUUAUGAAAGUGUGGAAAUAAACUUUUAUAGCAAUUAGUUGUCAGCACUGGAUAAGAACUAGAAUAUAUUUUAAAUGAAUAUUGGUUGUUUGUCGUAGAAAACUAAGCUCGAAUACAAAUCAAAUCAAAUAAGUUUUUAAUACAAUAUUUUUAUUAUUGUAUAACGAAAUAUAGAUUUUUAGUUAAGCAUUUUUAAUCGAAAGAUAUUUUUACGUUACGUUUAAUAUACUUAGAUAUUUAUGUAUAUCUCAUAUGUACAUUUCCAAUAAUAUUUAUGUCUGUGAUAAAAAUACAAAAAUCUUUCGAUGAACGUAAAACAAAGGCGAAUAUUUUUAAUAAAUUGAAAACAACAUAAUUUGACUUCUUAAAUUCUUGUUACUUAAACAAAGGCUGUGAUUUCGUUUUAAAAAUUAUUAAAAGACAAACUUUUCUUUUAUGAUUAAAUGAUGAAAAUUUUAAACUUUAUAUAAUAAGUAUGUAUCCAAUAAAAAUUAAUUUGAAAUGAAUUAUGAACUUUUUAAUUAUAAAUUAUAUUUUAAUUACAAUUAUUAUGUUUGUAGAAGUCGCCUUUUAGAUAAUACGUACAUAUAAUUAAGAUUGUAAUUUUGUAUAUGGUGAUUUUAUUUUUAAGGGAUAUAAAACUUUAAGAUAACAUUGAACAGGGAUUUUAAAUAAAUGUUGUAAUUUGAUUGAUAUUGUUAACAUUGUAAAUAUUAAUAUAAAUACUGAAAUACAUCUGUUAUAAGAUUCCAAUUUUAAAAAUAAUAUAAGGUACAUG